AUCACAGCAUCUCCGCUCACAGAUCUGAUGUGGCCUUGAUAAACUCGCUUACGUGCUGCAUGUCAAGAAGACAGAAGAUGGGAGCAUAGUGUAAGAGGAAGAGGCUGCGAGGCUUUUAUUGUGUAAGGCAGGGGUAGACAGAGAGUCCCGCCACCAGCCCAACAGGCCACACUGAACCGGUUUCCAUGACAACAGAAUUCUAAUGACUACACCCCUGGCUUUUGCUUUGAGGGAGAACGAUGCUACUGGAUCUCAGCGUUUCCACACUUUGUCACACCUUUUCUUUUUCACGAUAAAUGUCAUAGACUCUCAUCAUGGCUGUUUGUAUCUGACGGUGCUCCCGAUAUCCAGCAGCACAAGCCCUCUGAAAUUUAGCCAGACGGUCUAAGUCAUUAUCUUUUGGUCCUGUCCUCCCCCAUCCCCCAUCCAACCUGCUCAUGCUCUCCCUCUGUGAUCUUCCCAUGUGACCAUAGCCAGCUGUUCAUUGGCUGGCACCACGAAGGCAUCUGUCCAAUCGGUGCGGUUCACUCAUAUAAACAUAAGCAAAGCAGCAUUCUUAUAAUUCAGAACAGUGUCUUUCUUUCAGUGAGGAGUCAAUGGGAAAUACUACACUGGGUUCUACUACUUUGUUUGUCCUCAUUCUCAUACCUACAAGCAGAGGGGAUCUUCUCCUUUUGAGGGAACUAUUCUGGCUGUAGGAGCAUCUGCUGUUGCCUGCGUUAUUUCGCUCUUGCCCCAUUGACACUGUGACCAGCUAACAGUGUUUCUGGUUCAGUCCUUUUCUAUAUACACAUGCAGUUGCAGCACUGAUACACUGGACAUGGCUUUGAAAUGCAGAGAAAAAACAAAAAAGGUAUGCCACCCAAAGUGUCACGUUGCUGUUUAACAGAGUGGACAGUGCCAGGCCUCACAGGCCCUUGCUGAAGUCAGAGAUGUUGAGCCAGGAUGACCCCAAAUCACGCCCAAUGCUAGAACUCCGAGAGAAGCUCCAGCCAGAGGUGAUCGAGCUGAUUAAACAGCAGAGGUUGAACCGCCUGUGUGAGGGAACAUGCUUUAGGAAGAUCAGUGCUCGUCGCAGACAAGACAAGUUCUGGUAUUGCCGUCUAUCACCAAACCACAAAGUGUUACACUAUGGAGAUAUAGAGGAGUUCUCACAAGGACAAAUAUCACAUGACUCUCUCCAGGAGAAAGUGACAGUAGCAGAUAUCAAAGCAGUGGUCACGGGUAAAGACUGCCCACACAUGAGGGAGAAAGGAGCACUUAAGAAUAAGGAGCCGCUGGAGUUGGCUUUUUCCAUUCUUCAUAACUCUGAUGAAUAUCUGAACUUCAUUGCUCCGGACAAGCAUGAAUACUGCAUUUGGACUGAUGGCUUGAAUGCUCUUUUGGGAAAAGAGAUGACAAGUGAGCUCACAAAAUCAGAUAUGGACACUCUGGUUACUAUGGAGCUGAAACUUCGCCUUUUGGACCUCGAAAACAUUCAGAUUCCUGACGUCCCUCCUCCUGUUCCCAAAGAGCCCAGCACUUACGACUUUGUUUACGACUUCAGUCAGCAGCACACUUGAGACUGGAAUA